AUGGUGACAUUGCAUGCAGCCCUUCUUCUACUGGUGGGAGUCCUCGCACUCUCAAGUCGUCAGGAGUGUGCUAGACCGUUAUCUGUCCUGGAUGAUGCUCUUUUGCCAACUGAGGAAGAACUGCUGGCGGAAGAAUUGAAGGAGGAGGGCGCGGCGUCGACGACGACUGUGGAUCCGUUGCCAGGCCACUCGCAUCUAGCCCCUGCUGGCUGGCGAUUCCUCAGACGUAUUGAGCAGGGAUUUCGCCGCAUUUUCCGCAUACGCCGAUGUCGAGGAGAGGAAUGUCGACGACACAGAAGCCGUUGGCGGCGAUAUAAUCCGUACAUCUUUGAGAAGAGAUUCAAGGACUAA